AUGAAUCGUCUCUUUGGUACGAGGAGUAAUGCCCCUAAAGCUACUCUCAAUGAUGCCAUGAACAAUAUAGAUGGACGAAUUUCCAGUCUGGACGUGAAGAUUUCCAAACUUAAUUCUGAAUUAACUACUUAUCAACAGAAACUUUCAAAGAUGAGAGAUGGACCAGGAAAAAAUGCCAUCAAGCAGAGAGCGUUGAAAUUAUUAAGGCAAAGAAAGCAGCUCGAUGCACAAAAAGAUCAGUUGAUGUCACAAUCAUGGAACAUUUCGCAGGCGCAGAUGACUACUGAUAACCUUAAAAAUACGAUGAUCACCGUGGACGCUAUGAAGCACAGCAACAAAGAACUCAAAAAGACCUACGGUAAGAUUGAUGUCGAUAAACUUGAAGACAUGCAAGAUGAGAUGCUUGAUUUAAUUGACCAGUCGAACGAGAUACAGGAUGCUUUAGGUCGGUCGUACGAUGUUCCCGACGAUAUCUCUGAAAGUGAGCUAGACGCUGAACUUGAUGCGUUGGGUGACGAGGUGGAGGCUAAUAACGAGUUGGCAGGAGAGUCUAUGCCUAGUUAUUUGACCGAUUCGGCUAUAGGGGAGUCAGAUAAGCUUCCUACAUUUAUUGACGAUAAACAAUCCGAGGGAGAAGAGAAGGAAAUGGUGGCACAAUGA